AUGUCACUUGUCCUGGAAUCCAUCACUGAUCUCCUGCCGGUGAUUUGCUUGGGGCUUAUUUGGCGACUGGGGGACAUGCGGCUUUGGUGUCAGACCACGUUUGCGGGAGCUUUGCUGAUGGCACUGAAGGGCUUUGUAUCAUGGGCAACAAUCAUGCCAGACACCCAAGGAUGGAAGGCCUGCAAAGACAGACUCGGCAUCGAUGGGCUACGCUAUUUUCGAGAGGACCGAUUGAUUCCAGACAUGCUGGCUGACAUCCUUCUUCUUGAGGUGAGAGGCUUCUGGUUUGCACGUCCUUCGCGUCGGAGGCUAUGUGCAGAUUCGACGUUCAGCGGUGGCACCAGCCUGUCUGUACUAUUUUGUAUCAGUCUGUGUGAGGUCAGCAUCGUGUUGUCAUUGCGACCGUCGGGACGAUCACCUGGGGAGGAGGCAGAUGUUCUUCUUCCAGCAAUUGCGCAGUGCAUAAGGUAUUUGCUUGCAGCGCUGAUGGUUGGAAACCUUGUGAUGCCAGUGCUAGAAGGGUCACAACGUGCCGAAGCAGUCGCCCUUGGCGUGGUCGCGGCAAUCGGCGUGUGCAACAGUCCUGUCUUGGCCCUGGCGGUGAAUUCAUGGUGCCGCAGCUGGCCAGCUGAAGAUGCUGCGGCACCCUCGAUGCCCGACGCAACUCCACUGUCACCGACUUCCACAGCUGCGCUGAUGGGAUUCACAAGGUUGGCUGGCGAGGAGGAUUGGGAAGACAGCCUUGUUGACCUGGGCAAGGUCCUGAACCCCCCACCAUGGUCGGUUGGACGAGAGUAUUGCUAUCUCCGACACCAUCCACUUCCGGAAGCAUUUGCGCAAAAGGAAGGUGUGAUGCAGCAGCUCCUGGUGUUUCUUCGCCAGUCUCAGGAGCAACUUGCAAAAAAGGAACAGAAGAAGUCGGAAAUGCUGAAGAAGGAGCAAGCCGAUGAGCUGGUCAGCGCACAGCGUUCCGACCGAUUUGCCGAGCAGCGCAUUCAAGAGGCAGACGUGAAUGACAGCGAGACCCCUUACAUCGGCUGCAUCGAGUACAGGGAUACAUGUUGCCUGACCGGGCGACAGCUCCGGGACAACCGAUGUGCCAAUGCAAAGAACGAUGACAGCGCUCUCCGACCAGCAGCGGAUGCUGAACAGCCGUGCAAGGCGGAAGAGGACGCAGACCCUUGCGACCUCCGAUUUCCGCCAAGCUCCUCUGGCAGCACACAGGAAGUUGGGGAGUCGCGGCAUGACAAGCAUCAGCUUUCCAUAAGACUGCUCAUGGCAGUCUUGCAUCCUGCUUCCAUCCAUAGCUGGUCGCCGAGGUACCAUCGGCGGGCCAAGGCCGUUCGUCAGUGUGGCGGCUUCUCUCAAGUCGCACUUUGUGGCUUGACAGUCCAGAAAGCCCUUCGAUGCAAGCGCCAACGACAUGCCAGUGCAGUCGAAGAGGUUCUCAUCACGCCUCCGGCACAAGCAGAGGGCGAAGCGCUGGUUGUUUGGCUGCAUGGCCUAGGUGACACUGGACAAGGUUGGUCAACAACAGCUCCAGCACUGCAACAGCUGGGCUGA